AUUGCCAUCGAACUUGAUAGAAUCAAGAAAGAGAAUGAUAGCAUGCAGAUUGAGCUGAGGCACCUGAAAGGAGAAGACAUAACAUCUUUGCACCACAAAGAGCUCAUGGCCAUAGAGGAAGCCCUCGAAAAUGGGCUAGGGAGUGUUCGCGAGAAACAGAUGGAGUACAUUGACAUGAUGGAGAAAAAUAAAAAGAUGUUGGAGGAGGAGAACAAGCACCUCAAUUUUAUGUUGGUAUGCUCUCUCAUCUUCGAACUCACCAACAUAUAUUUAUGCAUCUCUAUUCAUGUUGCACAUAAAUUUUUAUUUACAAAUAUGCGAAUCUAUGUGUACAUCCUGCAAAGACAUGACUGUCCAUUGAUUUAUACUUUCUUUGGUUAAGUAGUUCAACUAUGCACACAAAAAUUGGUUG